UUAAUAGAUUUCAUUUCUCACGAUCCAAACCCAACAACGAAAUAAGUGUUCCCCGCACACUGGGCCACUUAGGACCGGCCAUCGGCAGCCGCCGCAAUUGAAAAAAAAAUAUCGAUAUUUAUUCUCCGAUAAGAUAUUUAAUUUUGAAAAAGGACCGGGUUUUCUUCAUGACACCUGUGAAUGAUGAACUCUUGACUCGUGUUUCAAGAUGGCAAUUGUGUCAGGUGCGUUAUGCUAACAUUCAAACGACAAGCUAGCAGAAUGAGUGAAAACGGACGUCUUUGGAACGUUUCCUUCCUACUGGGAAAAGGCCCGGCGUUGCUGAGACAACCAACAUAAGCCAGGAGAGCAACACGAAAUUUGACGAUUCCCUCGCAACAAGCCCGAUAUGCGGCGAUUGGCUCUUGAGUUCACGUUCGGGCAAGCAAGAGAAGAUAUUCGGCGCCGGUAUUUUCUGCAACAUGAAGCAGCCUCUUGCUUUUCCUGGGUGGUUUCGGGCAGCGAGCCUGUGCUUGUGUUUGGCCCACGCCGUCACAUCUGCGGUCCUCACCAACGCCACACGACUGGAGUCCAUCCUAGACAAGUACAGGGACAAAGACGGAGAGUGGUGGAAGGCCAGAACGAGAGGGAAGAGGGCCAUCAGCGAGGGGGACAUGCACCUCAUCCUGGAUCUACACAACAAGUUGCGUGGUCAGGUCCACCCUCCGGCCUCCAACAUGGAGUACAUGGUGUGGGAUUACGAGUUAGAGAGAAGCGCCGAGCACUGGGCCCAUACCUGCCGAUGGGAACAUGGACCAAGCUACAUGUUGACUCAAAUAGGCCAGAACCUUGGCGCACACUGGGGCAGGGACCGCCCUCCCACCUACCAUGUGCAGGCCUGGUAUGAUGAAGUGAGGUACUACAGCUACCCUUACUCCCAGGAGUGUAACCCACACUGCCCUUUUCGAUGUUCGGGACCUGUUUGCACUCACUACACUCAGUUGGUGUGGGCCACAAGCAAUCGUAUUGGCUGCGCCAUCAACGUGUGUUACAACAUGAACGUGUGGGGAAUGAUCUGGGCAAAAGCUGUCUAUCUGGUCUGCAACUACUCACCGCCGGGGAACUGGUGGGGUCAUGCGCCUUACAAGUAUGGCGCGCCAUGCUCUGCUUGUCCAGCCAGCUAUGCCGGAGGAUGCCGAGACAAUCUGUGCUACAAAGACGGAGGUGUUGACAGGCGCCCCGCUCCAGAGACCGAGGAGACCAACUACAUUGAACCCGAGCCGGAUGCAGUGCGAGAGCGGGAGGCCCAACCCAGGGCCCGAGAUCCGGACCGCUCACCACCUUCUGAGGACAUGGAGAGAAAGCAGGUCAUCAGCACCGAGCAGAUGUGCCAACAGAUGGACUGCGACACCAAGCUGAGAGAUCGCUGCAAAGGAACGACAUGUAACAGAUAUGAGUGUCCACCCGGCUGCUUUGACAGACACGGAAAAGUAGUUGGGACGACGUCGUACGACAUGCAAUCCAGCGUGUGUGGAGCCGCCUUGCACGCCGGUGUUAUCGACAAUGAUGGAGGAUGGUUGGAUGUGACGAGACUGGGUCGAAAACAACAAUUCACCAAAUCGUACAAGAAUGGCAUUCAGUCCAUUGGGAAGAAUAGAAGUGCAAAUUCCUUUAAAGUGCAGUCUGUGCCUGUCAAGGCAGUAGCAUGUGACACCACCGUAGCGCUGUUCUGUCCCUUUAAGAAACCAGUGCGACACUGUCCAAGGUUGUAUUGUCCCAAGAAUUGCCUUGGCGGGAGUCAGGCCAGAGUGAUCGGAAGUAAAUAUUACGCUGACAAAUCAAGUAUCUGCCGAGCGGCCCUUCAUGCCGGAGUCAUCCAGAAUGAAGCUGGAGGUUACAUCGAUGUGAUGCCGGUGGACCGCAGGAGGCAGUACAGCGGCACUUCCCAAAACGGCAUCACCUCAGAAAGCUUACGUAACCCGACGGGAGGAAAAGCCUUCAGAGUGUUUGCUGUCAUCUGAAAUGGAAGCAUCGCAAACAGAUCCAAGGACAGACUCUUCACUCACUCAAGAUAUCAAGCUUUCCUACGAAGGAACGAUCACGUUUCUCCGCCAUUGAUACGAACGGUAAAACAGG